GUUGAACAGCAAUGACCACCUGGACCCAGAUUGGUCUGCUAGUUGUAGCCCUUUUAGGGGUCACGCAUAUCACCAUCGCCAAUUUCGACGUAAAGUUUGAAAAAAUCGAGCAAAUCAAUGGAACGGAAUAUAUGGACUUCCGGCGAAUCCGGGUACGCAAAUUCAACCGGACCGUUUCUGUGCUGGAUGGGACCUUCGAUUUGCUGAUGGAUGCUGAUGAUCGGUUUCUGGUGGCCGUCAAGUUGGCCUACAGUUCUCGGGGCAACAACCAGUUCAACCAGUACCCGAUGAAAAUCGCCCCGCAGAAAAUUUGCGAGUUCUUCAAUACGACCUGGAGGGAUUACCAUCAGUACUUCAAGGAUGAUACCAAUUUUCCGGAGAUCGGAGAGUGUCCUAUAACGGCGAAGGAGCUGUACGUGAAAAAUCAUGUGCUUGAUUCGAAAAUGUUUACGAAAUAUUUGCCUCAUGGUCUUUGGCGGAUGAGUCUGUUGAUGCAGACAACCGAUACCGGAGCCGUUUUGCUGGUUGUCGAAGUACUGUUUAAGGUGGCGGAUAGAGGAAUUUUUCAAUGAAACGUUCGGUAGUUGUCGAACUUCAACGAUUUGAGCAUUAUUAAAAGGGUGAUUUACGAAAAAUACGAUCAAUUAUGUGAUUUCCGUUUGUGUUAACGGACAGACAAACAAUUUUAUAAUAUGCCCCUAAAUAUUCGAAGCUUGAGAAAGAACAGGAAACAGGACUUAAGCAUCAAAAUCUCUUGAUUUGACCUUCUUAAAAAUAGCACUAAU